AUGAAACCUCAGAUCCAGAUGCAGCAAUGUGGAUUCUGUUUAGACCAAGGGACAGUGGACCAGCUCUUUACCCUUAGGGGAAUCUUGGAGCGGGUAUGGGAGUAUACCCAAUUGGUCUACAUGUAUUUUGUGGACUUAGAGAAGGGUGUAUUACGCUAUUCCUUGAGGAAUUCUGUGGAGCGUGUUGUGAGAGUACAGGAUCCCGUUUCUGUACCCACAAUCCAGUCCAGUGUGACUAAUCCUGUAGAGUUCAAUGACACAGUGACUUUCACCUGCACAGCCUCUGGCUCAGACGUCUCUUAUCGGUGGUUCAAUGGCAGCUCGGAGUUCUCGGACACUCAGAGGAUUCACUUGAGUGCUGAUAACAGAACUCUAACGAUAUCAGGCGUAUUGAGAUCAGAUGAUGGGCCUUUCUACUGUUAUGUGUAUAACCAUGUCAGUAACGGCACCAGCAAGCCCUUUAACCUUGAUGUAAAAUAUGGACCGGACUUGCCCACUAAUAAACCAGUCUAUGCUGCUGGAUCUUCAGUUAUUUUUCAAUGUUCAGCACAGUCCAGUCCUACUGCUCAGUAUCAAUGGUUCUUAAAUGGAACGUCUCUUAACAAAAGAGACCAGGAGCUCGAAAUACGGAACAUUCAGGUGGAUCAGGCGGGUAACUACACAUGUUGGGCUUUCAAUGAUGUUACACUCAGGUAUGCUGCUGUCCACACAAUGAUAGAUGUCAGAGGGUCACAGGGGAUUGGAGUGUGCGCUGGCAGCGUUGGGUACAAUGCUAGAACUAAUCCUAGACAGGAUACCAAUUUAUUGUAG